AUGGCUACGGAUUCUGCAGAACCAUCUAUCACGAUCCCCGAGGGGUACACCCUCCACACGGAAAAUACGUCUCGUAUUCUCUUGCCCCCGGGGAAUCAGGCGUUUCUUAACCCCGUGCAGGAGUUCAACCGCGAUCUGAGCGUCGCGUGCAUUCGUACAUGGAGCGAGCUGAUCAACGAGGAGAAGGAGACGAAGUGGAGAGCGGGCCAGGAGAGACGGGCGAAGAAGACGCAGACCGGGGAUGGCCCAAAAAAUAAGCGGAUAAAGAGGGACGAGUCUACUGCCACAGAAUCAGCAGCGGAAGGUGCACUCUCCGAGAAAGCAGCGGAUAAUGUUGUCCUCACAGCAGAGGAGCCCUCAAGAGACGCUGCUGGACCUAGUGCACCAAAGCAGAAAGAGUAUCGACCAUAUAAAAGCGUGAUCCUGGAAGCCCUUUCAGCGACAGGACUUCGUUCUAUCCGUUACGCAAAAGAAAUUCCUCUUGCAAAGUAUGUCAUUGCGAACGACAAUUCGCCAUCUGCUGUUGAAGCCAUGCAGAGGAAUGUCGACAUAAAUGGACUUGCUGGCUCAGAGGCGCUCACAAAAGGGCCCUCGUCUGAUAGCCAAAUAGCUGAAGGCAGCAGACCACGGCAGCCCAAAGUGAAGGUCAACGAGGGCGAUGCAUGCGCGUUAAUGUAUAAUCAUCGAGCGGAGAAAGAUCGUGUCGACGUCGUAGAUCUAGAUCCGUAUGGAACAGCGGCGCCUUUUAUCGACGCUGCCGUCCAAUGCGUUCACGAUGGAGGAUUACUGUGUGUAACAUGUACUGACCUUUCAGUCUUGGCCACUGUAAACUACCCAGAAAAAUGCUUCUCGAAUUAUGGCGGAGUUCCUGUCAAGGCGGAGUACUGUCAUGAAGCGGCUCUUCGGCUUGUGCUAAAUACCAUCUCGACAUCCGCGGCUCGAUAUGGGCGGUAUGUCCAGCCCUUACUCUCUCUAUCUAUCGACUUCUACGUGCGCUUGUUUGUGCGCGUCUACUCGUCAGCGAAUGAGGUGAAGAAAGCUGUCAGCAAGACAUCUAUGUUCUAUGUCUGCAGUGGUUGUCAGUCAUUCUACAGUCAGCCUCUGGGGCGUAUGACGGAGAAGAUUCACGAAGCCAGCGGUACCGUCAACUAUCACUUCAAAGCUCAUACCGGUCCGACAGUUCCAAGCAAAUGCCCCGAAUGCAACUUCCCUCUGCAUCUAUCUGGGCCCAUGUGGUCUGGUCCAAUACAUGAUCCUGCUUUCGUUACGAAGGUGUUGGAACACCUGGAAACAAACGAGGACAAAUAUGGGACGUCCACCCGAAUGAAGGGCAUGCUAACUGUUGCCAAAGAAGAACUGGACACACCAUUUUACUUCACUCCCGCCAAGGUGGCGAGUAGUUUCCACUGCACGUGUCCUUCUCUGGAUGAAGUAGCGUCGGCAUUGCUUCACGCCGGGCACCAGGUUUCAAGAUCUCAUGCGUGCGCUGGAUCCCUGAAGACAACAGCAGCGCGUGCUGACGUACACGAUGUAUUCCGGUCGUGGGUCAAGACACAUCCGGUCAAAAUGGAUAAGGUCUCCGAGACAUCACCAACCCACUGCUUGUUGAGCAAGGAGCCCAAAGUGGAGGCUGAUUUCACAAGACAUCCCAAGUCCGUAACCCCUUCAUCAAAAGUAAAACUCGUCCGUUAUCAAACCAAUCCCACCCCGCACUGGGGUCCAGGCAAGAAGGCUGGUUCUGGAAAGAGGAAAAGAGAAGGCGACGAGGAAUAA